GGAGGAAGAGAAGAAAGGAGCGGGUGGAAGGGAAGGAAUAAGAGGGAAGGGAAGAAAGGGGCAGCAGGGAAGGAAGACAGGAGGGACAAAGGAUUGUUUCUGGGUAUGCUACCUAGUAACAAGUGACAGAGAGACACAGGAAUACUAUUGGCUGAUGACUGGCUGGCCAAUCCCGGGCUCUAAACUGCUCAAUGGAAAUUGUGAGACUUGCACGCGAAGUGGGUCCGCUGAAGACUGCUGUCCCGAGUCCCCGCACUUUGCGACUAAUGCAUAGGGGAAAGUUCUUUCCUCUCGACUGUAGCAGUUUGUUCUCAGGUGGCGACAGUGCUCAGCGGCGUGUGGGAGAGUAGAGAAAAGGCAGGAUAAUCAGCAUCUAAGAGUCAGAGAAGAAAACGAAGUUAAUUCUAGAAGGUUUUCUGUCCACACGUGACCUAGGCGACGACGUCCUGAAGACCUAUGGAGCCUGCUACCUCCCUGCAUCCUUGCCCGUUAGCCUCCCUUCUCUUCUUGGUCCUCAGCCUGUUUGUGCUGGUCUCAGCCCAGUUUACUGUCAUAGGACCGGCUGAGCCCAUCCUGGCCAUGGUAGGAGAGAAUACCACACUACACUGUCACCUGUCACCAGAGAGAAAUGCAGAAGACAUGGAGGUACGGUGGUUCCGGUGGCGUUUCUCCCCUGCAGUGCUGGUGUACAGAGGCCAUCAAGAGAGACCAGAGGAGCAGAUGGUGGCAUACCAGGGAAGAACCACCUUCAUGAGCACAGACAUCAGCAAGGGAAGAGUUGCGCUCACUAUCCACAAUGUCACCGCCUAUGACGAUGGCAUCUACUGCUGUUACUUCCAGGAAGGCAGGUCCUAUGACCAGGCAACCAUGAAGCUCAUGGUGGCAAGCCUUGGCUCUGAGCCACUUAUUAAAAUGAAGACUCUUGAGGAUGGGAGCAUCUUGCUAGAGUGCACAUCUGAAGGGUGGUACCCAGAGCCCAGAGCUGUGUGGAGAGACCCCUAUGAUGAAGUUGUACCUGCCCUGGAGGAGGAGUACACAGCUGACAGAGAAGGCCUCUUCACAGUCACCAUGACUAUAAUCAUCAGGGACUGCUCUGUAAGGAACAUGACCUGCUCCGUCAACAACACUCUGCUCAGCCAGGAGAUGGAAAGUGUGAUUCUCAUUCCAGAAUCCUUCGUGCCCAGCUUUCCUCUGUGGAUGGUGGUUGUGGCUGUCACUCUGCCUGUAGUAAUGCUGGUCCUCCUCACAUCUGGAAGCAUCUGCCUUGUCAGGAAACACCGCAGGAAGAAAUCGAUUCUGUCAGCUGAAAAAGAAGCCGAAUAUGAAGAGAAGGAAACUGCACGGCAACUUCAAGAGGAACUGCGAUGGAGACGAACCCUCUUACAUGCUGCUGACGUGGUCCUGGACCCAGAUACAGCUCAUCCUGAGCUCUUCCUGUCACAUGACCAGAGAAGUGUAAUACGAGGCCCUUCGAGGCAGUGUGUACCUGACAACCCUGAGAGAUUUGACUGCCGUCCCUGCGUCCUGGGCAGGGAGAGCUUCUCCUCAGGGAAGCAUUACUGGGAGGUGGAGGUAGAAAAUGUGAUGGUGUGGGCCAUUGGUGUUUGUAGAGACAGUGUUGAAAGGAAAGGGGAGGCCCUAUUGGUUCCUCAGAAUGGCUUCUGGACCCUGGAGAUGUUUGGAAGCCAGUAUCGAGCCCUGUCUUCCCCAGAAAAGAUCAUACCUCUGAAAGAGCGUCUUCACCGUGUGGCCGUCUUCCUGGACUGUGAAGGUGGAGAUAUUUCUUUCUACAACAUGAGAGACAGAUCACACAUCUACACAUGUCCUCCUGUGACCUUCACUGGGCCCCUGAGACCCUUCUUUAGGCUCGGUUCUGAUGACAGUCCCCUGUUCAUCUGCCCAGCAUUCACAGGGGCACAGGGAGUCACAGUACCUGAGGGUGGCCUAUUCCUAUAUAGGACAAGACCAACUUCUCAGAGUCUUGUAAGGAAGUCGUAGCUCUCAGCACAGUACCAUCUGGUGGAGACCAGACCCUGUAUCCUUCAGGUCACGUGGUGCAUCUUCCAGCUGCCGCCUUCACACGUACUUCAGGCCCAGGCCUCAGAUCACUACAUUAUUUCUUUUAACUAUGGGUCUUGGCAGACCCAGUCUUAGGAGACGAUUGCUGUGAUAUAGCUCUCUCCUGAGAAGAAAGUAUGAGAAGGGUAGAAAACUUGUAGAUUUGACACGACGAUGCUCUGCUCACAGUGGAUGUUAGGCAAGAACAACAGGGUGCAUCAGGAUUAUAAGAGGAGAGAACUGCAGAGGAAGGAGACAGAUAAAGACAAAUUGAUGCCAAAGAUGGAGGAAAUGGACUGGAGAGCUCUGGGGUAAGCCCUAUAUGACAGCUGUGGAUAGGUAGGAGCUAAUGGUCCAUUGAUAUCCAAAGCCAACGAUAUAUCACACAAUAUGUCUGGAGUGUGUAUCUGUAGACCAACACAUGAGAGGGAAUAAUCGUAGUGAUGAUCUGGAUGUAAGUUGGCUCAGACGUCCCUACAGUAAACACUCACUUUCAUGUCUAAUUUAAAAACUUGUUUCUGACCCAGGCAGUGGUGGUGCAAGUCUUUAAUUCCAGCACUUCAGAGGCAAAGGAAGGCAGAUUUCUAAGUCCAAAACCAGCCUGGUCUACAGAGUGAGUUCUAAGCUAGGCAAAGCUAUACAGAGAAACUCUGACUUUCGGGGUGCAGGGAGUUGUUUCUGUUGGUUGUUAACUUAACUACAUUUGGAAUGAGCUAUAAUCUAGAAAUGUAAAGAGAUAUAUAUAUAUUUUUUUUACUCAAUUUGAAGUGGGUGAAUCUAUUUUUAGUCCAUACCUUUGAGGGAGAAUUUAGAGCAAGAAGACACAAGCCUUUAAUCCAGAUUUUGAGGUGGGAAAACACACACACACACACACACACACACACACACACCUACCUUUAAUCUGGGCCACACCUCCUGAUGGAAGUCUAUAUAAGGACAUAGAAGGAAGCUUUUGCUCUCUGCCUGCUUGCCUCACCUUGCUAGCACAUCCAUUCCCUCACUGGCAUUGUGCCCUUCGAUUUGGGGAUUCCAGCACAUACUGAAGACCAGCAGAGGCAUCCAGCCUUAUGGACUGAGCAACUACUCAAUUCUUGGGCUUUCAGUUCACAGCCCGCCAUUGUUGAGUUAACUGGAUUGAGAGACAGUCACCCUGUAAGUUCUGUUACUCUAGAGAAUGAUGACUAAUACAGUUUCUAAAGUAAAAUAUAUUUUAUUAAAAGAACACUAAAUAUUAAGAAUUAUUUAAGUUUUUGAAAAAUUUCUAAUGAAUGGUUUACCAAAAGAUAGCUGUUUUGUCAUAUCUGCCUUUUUAUUUAUUUUGUUGGGCUAUCAAAGAACAUACAGGUUCUAGGGGACUACAGUGUGCACUAGAGAAUGACAAUGCCUUAUUACAAAAUAAAUAUUAACCUCACAGACCUCCUGUCCUAUGUCCCCAUUCUUAAACUAAGGCUUUUACAACUUCCCCUGUGCUUGAGUUCUCUGAACAGAUACACCAGUGUUCUGGUUAGGUUGUUUGUGUGUGUAAACUUGACACAAGCUAGAGGCAUUUGAGGAGAGGCAUCCUCAACUGAAAAAAUUCCUGGCACUAGACUAACCUGUGGGCAAAGCUCAUGGGGUAUUUUCUUGAAUAAUGGCUGAUGUGAAAGGGUCCAAUCCAUGUGGGUGUUGUCGCCCAGGCUGGUGGUCCGGGGAGAUUUUAUAAAGCAGCUGAACAAGCUAUGGAGAGCAAGACAGUAAGUUCCUGCUUUGACUUCCCUUCAGGGUGGACUGUGACCUGGAUGUAUAAGCUGAAAUAAAUCCUUCCCUCCCUGGGUUACUUUUAGUCAUGGUGGUUUGUCACAGCAAUAAAAACACCAACCAAGACCAUCAGUCUCCAGUUGAUAGCAAUAUCCUAAGCCUAUUAACACAUUUUGCCUUUUCCAGAAAUUAUCCCUUAUCUUUAAGGGAUCCUUAAAACCUAAGUAUCAGGUCUGUGCCUGAUACUAAGAGAAUAUUGAACAGUGUAGCCCUGCCUGCUCUGCUCUGCCUGCUGUUCCCUUCUUACUCAGUCCAUUCAGUAUUAUCAUGUGCCAAGGCGUCAGGCACAGGAGCACCACUGACUAGGGAAAGGAAGGGGAGGUCCUUUGGAAGGCUGAGGCAGGGUGGCUGUAGACAGAGGAGGUGUGGGAGUUUUCGAGGACUUCCUGGGGGAAAGGCGUGGUUUGGUUGUGGCUUGUGGACUGAGAAAGACCCAGCCUGUGAGAGCUGGGGGAGCAGUGUGAACAGGAAGCAUCAGGGCCAGAAGCGACUUCAUGAAGAAACAUUAGUGGUCCAUGUGGUUAGAGCAAAUUAGAAUGUGGGAAUACUUCACUUUGGCAAAAACAAACAUGUAUGACAAAUAAAUCAGGCAAGUGUUCAUCCUUGGUAAUGUUUCCUUCUCAUGCAUCUCAAAGGCAGCUCCACGACUUUCACCCUAGAGAAGAAAAGGUCUGAAGCUGCUCCAGCAUCUGUCCCAGCACAGUGUCCCUGCACAGUCCUCUCAAAUCACUGCUAACUGCAGAAACCAACUGAAUGGGGAAAUUUGAGAGACACAUCACAGGAACUAGGAAACAUCUGGCUCUAGAGUAGGCCCGGAGGUGCAGGUGCAGCUUCUUCGAUCUCCUCUGAGGCCUGGGAUUAAACUUAAUCUGACAAGGCAGUUUGUUGUCUCAGCUGCUGUGAUCACUAUGCGCUAAAGCGAACUGGGGAGGAAAGGGCUUCUUUCAUCUUUCACGUCUGCAUUGCAGUUCAUCAUCCUAGAACAAAAGACAGCCAUAACUCUAUUCAUUUUACCAAAUACCCGAGUGGGGAGAUCAGGAAGGCAGGUUUACAGCAGAGAUGGAGUCCCUGCUACAGGUUUCAGAUGCUAUGUGAUUGGGUUCUUUAAGACAACUCAACACAAUUACCUUUCAGUCAACUAAACUGCAUUGGCAGAUUGUGGGGGACUUAGUAAUGAGCUUUACACCAGCUGCAUUUCAGGAGGUUGGGAACAUAGUCUGAGGACACAGUGUGAUAUGUGAGUUAGGGAAGAGUGGAGUGGGGACAUAGAGUGAGGGGAAAACAGACCAAGAGUGAGUCGGGAAGUACCUGGGAAUUCUAUAGAUGGAUGUUUUUGUCUCUUACAGAGUAAUUGAAUUCGGUUCUCCUUUUAGGUUCUGUUGAACUGGCUUUCAGGACACUGGGAAAUGCAGGAAGGGGAAGGGUCGCCAGCUUAGAGGUGAUAGAAAGAUUCUGAAUAGAACUUCAGUGGUCUGCAUCUUCCACAUGACCCUGACUAGUCCCUGUGUGGUCAGCACCACUUCAGUGGCUCCAAAAGGUGCUCCUCCUGCUGUGGCUUCCCGCUCUCACUUUGGCAGCAUUAUUUGAUGAGCCUCAGCUUCUUGUUUCCUAGGCACCGUCAGCUGCCUUUCACACAUCAUCAUCUAUAGACGCCUCCAUACUAACUGCUGUCCUCCAUGCCUACCUCAUACCUAGCCAGUCCUUGCUCGCACAGUGUCUCUUCUGCUUACAGAUUGUCAGUCAUGAGAACUAGCUCAUGCUUUGGUCUAUUCCUAGAAUGGAUGCCAGAGUUCCUUUUCUCAUACUGCAUUUCUCCCCACAUCCAUGUUGUAUGCCGUUAAGGGAAAGAGAUUUAAGUACCUACUACACCAAAUGCUGAGCCCAGCCUCAGAGAAAUACAGUGGUGUAUUAGGUGCCUGUCCCUCCUUUGACUCUCUCUAACAGUCAAAAGCACCUAAGACCAUGACUCAAGCUGUAGCUUGGUGCAUCAUCACAGGUGUGCAAGGACUGCAGUUUCUUCCUCUCCUCCCCUUCCUGUCACAGUGUCAUCACUCAGCCCUUGUUCCUGUUGGUGUGCCGCGGUUAGCUUGCCUGGCAGGGGACGGAGUGCAGUGUAUCAGAUCUGCAAUGUCCCCCAAGGCUCCUGUGCUGAAGGCCACAUCUCCAGACUCUGGGGAUAUAGUGGAACCUACAGUGUGUGAGGCCCAGUUGCAGUAAGUAGGUCACUGGGUCAUAACUUUGAAGGAAUUCACAGCUGCUAACUUUUGUCUGCUUUCUGGACACAAGCUAAGCAGUUUUAUGUCCUCACAGACAUGGUGAUUGUCUUACUCAAAGGUAACAGCAGGGCAAAGAAACUUGACUGAUGAAGUAUGCCAAAAUCUUUUCUCUUUUUAAGUUGUUUGUCUCAGGUAUUUUGUCAACACAGCAGGAAGCUCACUAAUGCUGAUUGCUGAAUGUUGAGAACUGUAAUGGAAAAACUUUCCAUGGUAGCAUUUGUCAAACAAUGUAAAACAAGUCUUUUUUCUGUAUACCCAGGUCUGGUGCUUUAAAGGAUAUAUAUGUAUAUGUGUGAUGAAUGAUCAAAGGCAAUGUAGAAACCCCCAAUGGAGAGUUAGUAUUUAAUACAACAACUGUGCUCUUCCAAUGGAGAUGUUGCAUGGUUCCUAUGUCCCUCGUCUAUUAUUGAUGAGACUGUGAGGUUUUUGGCUUUCAUAACCCUGAAUACCUGAGUUUCAGCAU